UAUAUUUACAAUGUUAUUUAAGCCUACCGUUUUCCUUUCUUUAGUCGCCGUUGUUUUGGCUGACCACACUUUCACCUUAAGUGCUGGUGACCUUGGUGAAGUCACUUCUGCUGACUCCAAGUUGACCAUUGGUAAUGGUGAUGCCCCAACCUUGAUUUUGCAAGAACCAUCUGGAUUGGUUAACGUGCAAGGCACAGACAAUUACUUACAGCUCUCAGAAACUGGAGUUAAUCUUACUCCUCAAGCUGAUGCAUCGAGUAAUUUCCAAAUUCUCGAAGGUCAAGUAUUUGCUCAUGGUCCAUCUGAUGACAAUGCCGUCUGGUUCGCUUGUCCAGCUGAUACUGGUUUUGUAAUCCAAAUUUUCCAAGCAGGUGAUUGUCAACAAAUUACUUUGACAGCAGUUGAACAAACAGGUGACCCAACAGAAGAUCCUACCGAGGACCCUACUGAGGACCCUACUGAGGACCCAACUGAGGACCCAACUGAAGACCCAACUGAAGACCCAACUGAAGACCCAACUGAAGAGCCAACUGAAGAGCCAACUGAAGAGCCAACUGAAGAGCCAACUGAGGAACCAACUGAAGAGCCAACUGAGGAACCAACUGAAGAACCUACUGAAGAGCCAACCGAGGAACCUACUGAAGAGCCAACUGAGGAACCAACUGAAGAGCCAACUGAGGAACCAACUGAGGAACCAACUGAGGAACCAACUGAGGAACCAACUGAAGAGCCAACUGAAGAGCCAACAGAGGAACCUACUGAAGAGCCAACUGAAGAACCAACCGAAGAACCUACUGAAGAGCCAACUGAAGAACCAACCGAAGAACCAACCGAAGAGCCAACUGAAGAGCCAACUGAAGAACCAGAAGUCACUCCUGCUGAGGGUGCUGGUGCUCUGUUGGUAGCUAGUGCUGGUAGUGUCCUCUUGGCUGUUGCCGCUUUGUUCUUGUAAUUGACUUUUUUUUCAUUCUCACACGAAUAUUCAUUCUGAUUUCGGUAAUUUAAGCUAGUCUAGAUUGAUUAGUUAUAAUAAGCUAUUUUUUAGCAAUUUAAGUUUUUUUAUUUUAUUCAAGCUUUCAAGUAUUUGCUGUU